UCGGUUGGCUUCUCCAGGAGUCGAGCUCGCGAGGGGUUGUGGGCGAGGCUGUGGCGCUCUCCGCCUCUCCAGGCCACUCGGCGAAUCCCGGCGCCUCCGGACCCGCGGCCACGCUGACGCCUGGGGAGACAGGCCCCGAGCCCGGCCCGGCUAUGAAGAGCGACUCCUCGACAUCUGCAGCCCCGCUCAGGGGGCCCGGGGGGCCCCUGCGCAGCAGCGAGCCGGUGCGCGCCGCCCCGGCCCGGGCGCCGGCCGUGGACCUGCUGGAGGAGGCGGCCGACCUCCUCGUGGUGCACCUGGACUUCCGCGCGGCGCUGCAGGCCUGCGACCGCGCCUGGCGGGGCCUGGCGGAGGAGCCCGCGGGCACUUCCUUGGAAGUGAAAUGCUCCCUGUGUGUUGUGGGGAUCCAGGCCCUGGCAGAAAUGGAUCGGUGGCAGGAAGUCCUCUCCUGGGUCCUUCAGUAUUACCAGGUCCCUGAAAAGCUACCCCCCAAAGUCCUGGAGCUGUGUAUUCUUUUAUACAGCAAAAUGCAAGAGCCUGGAGCUGUGCUGGAUGUGGUCAGUGCCUGGCUCCAAGACCCAGCCAACCAGGACCUUCCAGAAUAUGGGGCCUUGGCAGAACUUCACCUGCAGCGGGUCCUGCUGCCUCUGGGCUGUUUGUCAGAAGCUGAGGAGCUAGUGGUGAGCUCUGCAGCCUUCGGGGAGGAGCAGCAGCUGGAUUUACUCCAGACCAUUCACACAGCGAGGCAACAACAGAAACAGGAACACUCAGGCGCUAAGGAGGCCCAGAAGCUAAACCAGGAGGGUGCUCUCUCUCACAAGUUCCUGUCACUACUGUCGUUGGUUCGCCAGCUUUGGGACUCUGCAGUGAGCCAUUUCUUUUCUCUGCCCUUCAAAAAGAGCCUCCUGGCGGCCUUGAUCCUCUGUCUCCUGGUGGUGAGAUUUGAUCCAGCGUCUCCUUCCUCCCUGCCCUUCCUCUACAAGUUGGCUCAGCUCUUCCGCUGGAUCCAGAAGGCCAUGUCUUCUCACCUCUACCAGCUCCGCGUCCGGGACUGAGCGGUCUUCCCACGUACCUGGACCUCACCGCCCCUCCUGCCCACUGCCGCAGAAGCAAGGGGGCCCAUCCUGCAGCAGUGGGGCCAGCCUGAUUCCAGAAAGAGCCCAUCUUGUCAGGCGUGCUGUGUCCUGCUGCCUGGGUGCCCUCCCCUUUGCACCCCACUUCGGGUGGCCUUGGUCUGCGAUGUGGAAACAGAGUGGGGCUAGAGGGUGCAACUCCUCCAGAACAGCACCCCCUCGCACCCAGAGGCCCCUCACAAAGGAGGGUUUGGGAACAGGGACUGUGUCCCUAAAACAUUCCACCUUCUUGGCAAAGGCAAGAGGGUGAUUGUUCAGGUCAGGUUGUCGAUGGAGCUGGAAGUUCAGAAAAAGCCUGAUGGAGUGACCCUUGGCCUUUCACGUCCUUGAAGAACCACCUCUGAGAAUGGCCCCACCGGGCAGAACUUUAACUAGCCACAGUGAGAUCUGAGAGGGUCUCGUUCUUCUCUCCCGUGCUCCUCUCCACGGAGCAGGUCUAAUCAUGUAGCAGUACCCAGUUCCCAUGGUCCGCAGUGGGCUCGAAGCUGCUUGAGCCCUCUCGCUGUUCAGACUGGGCAUGGCUUUCAGAACCACCUGGGGGACUGCUGAAAACAGUGAGCCUGCUCGGCUCGUAUCUCGGGGUAAGGUGAUCUUGCUGGCUGCCUCUUGGUCUUUAGCUCAGUUUUCCACGUUAUAAGCAGCCAAGCCCUGCUCUGUUACACUCAGCAUCUCUGCCCACUCUUUCCCUCCCUGGUGCCCUGCAGACUUGUCCCAGGCUGUUUGUCCAGGUUCUGCCUGCAUCCUUGCCUCCUUGGUGCACACUGCCGCAGGUCCCCUCUUUCUGUGCCCCGUUGUCCUGGUUAUGUUCUGUUGUUUGUAUAAUGCCCAAAUUUUUCUGCUCACGUGGCCUUGAAAAGUAGGCCAGCUUACAGGCUGCUGAGCUGAAAAUGGAACUGAGUAAUCAGGCGAGCUGGGAGGGUGGGGGCAGGGCAGAGGGGAGACAUGCAUUUUGAAGACAGUGAACGGUAAAACCUCCGGGGAAGAGCAGUGGGGCCUUAGCAUUUGAGGAGUUGAAAUGCUUCAGUGUUUUUUUUCUCACUAGCCACAGAACCUUACAUGUUUCUGUGCAAGUAAACGUACAGCGCUACUGUGCUGUCAGGACUGUGAAAGGCUUCCAGCAGGGCCAACCUGUCUGUAGCCAGAGGCCAAGCAAGCCGCCCCGUACUGGGACCUCAGUCAGUGACGAUGCCACAAAUAUGGGGGAUACUUGCUCGCUUUUCAGUGGUUGAUUUUCAGAAGUUGCCAGCCAACAAUGUCUCUUUAGAAAAAUGAAUAAAGUACAUAAACUUCACUGGCCCUUAUAAUUAAAUCCCUAGGGCAUGGUCCAACUCUGUAGGAAACAAAUCUAUGCUUUUUUAUAUCAGCCUUUAAAUAGAGCUUAGAACCCUGGGGAGAGAAAGGGAGUCAGGUAAGAUUUGAAAUCCCUCCUACGGAAUGAUUUCUUAAAAUGAAAAUCUGGUCCCAUUCACUCACUGUUCAUACUGGGCACAGCUUCCCUUGGCCCACAGGAUAAAAUCCAGAUUCUCCUCAUGGAAUUUCAGGCCCUUAUGUACGGGUUUUGUCUGGCCCCUCCACUGUGAUGGGAGGCCUCUGCUCGGCCAGUCGGUUUCCCGAGCACCGCGUGCUCCCUCGGGCCUCUGUGCCUUAGCUCACGCUGUUCCUGCUCUUGGCAUAGGGAGCUCCUCGACCUUCCAGACUUACUCAGGGAAUCCUUUCCGACCCUUCCAGGCCACUGUUUUACAUCCCUUUUUUGGUAGUGACCCCGUGGACUUAAAAUUGUGUGAACUUCAUUGUUGCCUCCAGUAACAGUGAGCUCUUUGAAGUUGGGGAGUGUGGCUGUCGCGGCGUGUAAGUCCCGUUCAGAUCCUGCUCUCACACGUGUGACUGUUGGAGAGUGGUUUGCCCUUCUCAGCCUCAGUGUCCUCAUCUGUAAGUUCUUGUCUCAGGAACUCGUGGGUGCGUCAGCGAAAUCGUGCUUAUGACGAUCAGAGUGGAGGGGUUAGACAGAACUGGUACAUAAGGGCCCUAAAUU